GAGUGAGGGUGUGUAGCGUGGACCGAUCUUCACGAUCACUGGUGACCCGAUAGUAGGGUAGCAGUGCCUAGCGACCGGACAACACACACUCCCAUCGACGUUACCAUUGGCAACUUGGUUUACGGUUAUCGAUAUUGGCAAGUCUCACAAAUGAUCGACAAACAUCUGGCUGUUUAUUUAUGAAAAAAAGCGUGCUCUUGGACAUAUUUUUUCCUGGAAAACUUGUAAACAAAGUAUAUUUCCUUGUGAGACAAUCAAUGACAAAAAUAUUUUCAUUUUGGUUAACAAUAGAUAUUAAUAAACGGAAUAGUCAAUAGAUUGAUGUUAUUGAAGUGAAUGGGUGCAACACUGUCGAACAUGACUUCGGUAACACCUUAUUUAUUCACUCAUUACCGUAUUCCUAAUAAUCUAACCAAUAUUAGCAAGGACUUCGUAUUAUUUUAAAUUGUUUUCAAAUGUGGAACAGCAAAGUAUUGACAGACGCUAUGGAUUACGAAGAUAAAACGCUGGCUGAGUUCGCCGAGAACGAUCUACGAGAGCUGUGGGACUACGACUACUAUGCCGAGGCGCUGCGUGCCGCCGCCACAGACCUGGAGCUGUGCGGGCUGCUGGAGGCCUCGACACCAACCAGCGCCCCGCUACCUGCUGCUGCUGGGGGCGGUGGUGAUGUCGUGCUGCAGGACAAGCUCAUCACUGAAGCUUCCCUUGGCGUCUUCAGUCAUUUAUCUACGCUGACGUCCACCCUGGAAUCUAUAAGCUCGAUUAUCAUCGCUCAACAAGAACGACAGCUAAAGUCGGAAGAUGGUUUCCCGGAAUUUGAAAGUGACGUGCUAGCUGACAGUAAACCUCAGCUGUCAGCAUCUGACACAGGUGGUACAGACGUCACAGCUGCACAACCUAACAGGUGCCAUCAGGUGACAGAUGACAGCGAUGCAGGCGGUGGCAGUGGCACCUGUCCCUCCGUUGCCACCGACCACUGCUACAGCCUCAGCUCCUCUGACGCUACUACCAGGGCUCUCCAGGCUCUGCAAGAAGAUAUCGAGAACGAGUGCUACCCAGCCAUCCCUAUGACGGAGGUGGAGACGCCGAAGCCUACGACCAUAAGGCCUCUGGAAGAUAUACGCCCUUCUUUGGCCUUACCCUUGGCCUCUGACUCAGCGGCGACGAAGGUCUUCUCUUCGUCGUCGCCUUCGUUCCGAGAUAUUAUAGAUUCGAAGCCGUCGUGGGAGGACGGCCAUGAAGGAAAUGUUGUUGUGCUAAAAAGUGAGAGCGUUAGUAUGGAUCUGGACCACGAGGACACCGAUGUCGACAGAAGCUUCGAUUCCGAUGACGAUAGUGAUGAUGAGCCGCCCGUGAACGAAGAUCUCAACACUUGUGACUACGAUGGUGGUUUUUCCUCUCAUUCUUGGAAUUCCAAAAACGCCAUUGACAUUGGCAUGUUGUUAGGCUUAGAUGUGCCCCAAAAUGAAGUUGUUGUUGCAGACUCGACUGAAUCGGAUGCGAGUUCUUCAAGCACCAUCUCUGCUUUCAGUGACGUAUCUUCUUUUUCCUAUAAGAAUGUUACUGAAUCUGAAAAGCCAAAAGAACCGGAGAAACAAAUCAAAACAGUUCAUCUUGUUUCUCCAAAAGAAAUUUUAACAAUGAAUAAUAACGUGAAAGGAGCUUGUGACCAGCUCGCUUCGAAGUAUAGAAAAGAAAAUUUAAACACCUCGGCUUCGCAGCGUUGUGGAGUUGUCAACAGAAUCGGUAUUCACACUCUCAGCAGAAGCGAAAUUGAAUCAACUAAUAAGGUGGUUCAUCGGCAGAUAAUUGUACCUUCUUCGAGUUCGAACAACUCAUCGUCUUCUUCGGCAUCGCACAUGAUUCGGUGUGGAGGACCAACUUUGACCUCAUCAACUGUGCCAUCUUCGUCUUCUAGAACAUCAGCCUCUUCCUUAUCGAGGACAGCAUUCGACACCAGACACAAAAUAAACGUUUCGAUGGCUUUAUCCGUGAAGCCAUCUACUGUGCCAAAAUCUCCUUCCAUUAAAGAUAACUUAUUAAAAGUCCAGCAAUGCAGUUCGAGCCUUAACCGUGUGCCUGUGACAGGACUGGAGGGUUCCACUGAAAACAGAAAUAACGCUGAAACUUUCGAACGACCGCGACUCGAGGUGGAUUCAAACGUAUCGAUGUGCGGCGAUGUUGAUUUGAACUUUUUUAACGUCAAGUCAAUCCGACCUCAUUCUUCUUCCGCUUCAGGCUUCAGCCUGCCGCUGACGCCGCCCUCCUACAGCAGCAGCGACAGCGACAGCAGCGGCCUCUCCCCCGAGCGCUGCCCGCCGCUCUACGAGACUCUAGCGCCUCAUCUCUGCAGCCCCAGACGCUCCAACUCCCGCCACACCUCUGGUGUACGACACCCCAUACACACCCCGCUCAUAUCCUCGCAACCGAAAGGUGCGACGGGUGUACUGCAGCUGACGGAGGAAGAGAAGCGCACCCUGGUGUCGGAGGGCUACCCUGUACCGACCAAGCUUCCUCUUACCAAAGCUGAGGAAAAGUCACUCAAAAAAAUACGCAGGAAAAUUAAAAACAAGAUCUCAGCGCAGGAGUCGCGGCGCAAGAAGAAGGAGUACGUAGACCAGCUCGAGCGGCGAGUCGACGAUCUCGCGGAAGAGAACAGACGCUACCGUCGACGGCUGGACUCGCUGGCGUCAGCGAACGCGCGGCUGUCGACAGAACUGCGCGCGUUGCAGGACACCGUCGCCAAGCAGGAGAAACAUGUCUCGCGAGCCACGCCUCUGGCGACGAUCCUGUAAUCGUUGGGAGUCAUGUUCAAGGAAACAUCAUCCUUUAAUCGUCGGCAGUCAUAUUCAAGGAAACAUCAUCCUUUAAUCGUCGGCAGUCAUGUUCAAGGAAACAUCAUCCUUUAAUCGUCGGCAGUCAUAUUCAAGGAAACAUCAUCCUUUAAUCGUCGGCAAUCAUAUUCAAGGAAACAUCAUCUUUUAAUCGCCGGCAGUCAUGUUCAAGGAAACCGAUGUUUCUCGCCUAGUACAACGCAGCAUUAAUCGGAUUGACCAUUACGUGCCUAUUGUGGACGCUCGUUACCCGUGUUUUUUAAUUGUUGUGCAAAAACAAUCAACAUCUCAUUUAUUUCAAACUAGAAUUUUCUAUCGCAUGAUGUUCCAGGAAAUUUUCAGGUUCUUUCAUUCGUAAUGAGACUAAUCCGCUGUUCUCGUGUUAAAUUUUUAACGGACAUGUGAUUUACGCUACAAAUCGUGAAUAUGUGUUAUUUUCGGAAUUUAAUUUUUGCAAUCAUCUUGUUUUGAUCUUUUUCAUUCAGCUCAUAUUUCUUCGCAAUCUUUUCUUUUGGAAUCUCAUCGAUUGUUUGUCGCUAAUUUGCAUUACUCCUAUAAAUUUAGGUUCUGUACAGAAUUUCUCAGAGGGAGAUUUCUGAUAAAAAUAGGAAAACUUUGUCUUAUUGCCAACACUAUGAUGAGUGACUUGAGAAUGCGGACAAUGCUACAUGCUCCGUGUAGGAUCAUGUAUGAUCAUGUUGAGCUUGCCUUCUAAUUCAAGACUUGAACCAAAAUACUGGUUAUCGACGGAUAAAAUGAUAUUUGGUAGGACGAACUCGUUACGUACAAAUAUGUGUGAAUUCGUUGAAAAAUUUUGUUGCGAAGCUGCAGAUGAAACCCACUUGCUUCAAUAACAAUGUUUUAUCAUUCCAACAAUGUUAAGUACCAAACAUUCAUGUGGGUUGAUAACACAGAGCAUCGCAUGGAACCGGCAAUGUAACAUCGCUUCGUUGAUGCAUAGAUUCCUAAAUUAAAUACCGAGUGAAUUGGGUUGGCACUGACCCAGGUUAACCCGGCUUGGCAGGUUAGCUCGGUGCAGCAGGAUAAAGCCUGCGUGGGGAGCGCAGCCGUGCACCACCAAUUUUGUGCACCAAUAAGCCCUGAAUU